AGAAGAUGCAAGAGGAUGCACAAGCAAGUAUUGUUAUCAUCCUACACCUGAAGAAAAGAAGGUGGUAUAUAAUGAGGAACAACUGCAAGUGUAACAACUGAAGUUUACUGGCAUACUAUUACAAAAAUGCAGUGUGUUAAAGAAGAGUUUAAAGAGGAGAGCGAAGACAUCAGUAUUACAGAAUCAUGCAGAAUUAAACAUGAAGAUACUGAGGAACAAAGAGACUUGAUAGAAAUGAAAGAAGAAAGUCAAGAACUGAGUGACGUGGAGGAGAAACAUCAGUAUCAUACAUUUGAUAAUAUGACUGGUGAAGAUGUUAGUGGCUCGAAGACCGAAAAUAAUUUUACACAAAAAAGAACUCGAAGAACAAGAGCCAAAAAUUCCUUCACCUGCUCUCACUGUGGAAAGAGUUUCACACAAAAAGGAUACCUUAAAACCCACUUAAGAAUUCACACUGGAGAGAAGCCUUUCACCUGCCUUCAAUGUGGAAAGAUUUUUGCACAUAAAGUAAAUCUUAAGUGUCACAUGAGAAUUCAUCCUGGAGAAAAACCUUUUACAUGCCAUCAAUGUGGAAAGAGUUUCUCAGAGACAUCAAGCCUUCAGAGUCACCUGCGACUUCACUCUGGAGAGAAGCCUUUCAUAUGCCUUCAAUGUGGAAAGAGUUUUACACAGAGAGGACAUCUUAAUGUUCACAUGAAAAUUCACACUGGAGAGAAACCUUUUACAUGCCUUCAGUGUGGAAGGAGUUUUGCACAUAAAGGAGAUCUAAAUCGUCACAUGAGAAUCCACAGUGGAGAAAAGCCUUUCACAUGCCAUCAGUGUGGAAAGAGUUUUGCAGUGACCUCAAAUCUUCAGAGUCACCUGCGACUUCACUCCGGAGAGAAGCCUUUCACAUGCCCUCAAUGUGGAAAGAGUUUUACACAAAAAGGACAUCUUUAUGUUCACAUGAAAAUCCACACUGGAGAGAAACCUUUUACAUGCCUUCACUGUGAAAGGAGUUUUGCACAUAAAGGAGAUCUAAAUCGUCAUAUGAGAAUCCACAGUGGAGAAAAGCCUUUUAUAUGCCAUCAGUGUGGAAAGAGUUUUGCAGUGACGUCAAAUCUUCAGAGUCACCUGCGACUUCACUCUGGAGAGAAGCCUUUCACAUGUCCUCAAUGUGGAAAUAGUUUUACACAAAUAGGACAUCUUUAUGUUCACAUGAAAAUCCACACUGGAGAGAAACCUUUUACAUGCCUUCAAUGUGAAAGGAGUUUUGCACAUAAAGGAGAUCUAAAUCGUCACAAGAGAAUUCACACUGGAGAAAAGCCUUUUGCAUGCCUUCAAUGUGGAAAGAGUUUUGUUACAUCAGGACACCUGAAAGCACAUGUGAGAGUGCAUACUGGAGAGAAGCCAUUCAAAUGCGCUUCAUGUGAGAAGAGUUUCAGCACAUCAAGUAAUCUACAGACUCAUGUAAAAAAGAAUUGUCCAAAACUGUCAUAUUGAGCAAAUACAAUUUUAAAUUUAGGACCAACUGUUAUUUAAUGCAACACUUCAGUCUUCACUAGUCAGAUUCAGUCAGUCAACUUCAGUCAUUGUAUUACAUCUGGGCCCGUGUUUACAAAGAUUUUUAUCUUACUACUAGGAGUUCUCCAAUGAGUUACUAGCUAGGAGUUUUUUCACAAGGAAUGCAAGAAUCUCUUACAUCUAUAGCCUAGUUUCCAUCCACUUUUCACACUAUUUUGUUAUCGACAAAGUGAAAAUGUGUAAAACAUUUUUUGCAAAAUUUGCCGUCUUCUGCCUGUUUCCAUUCAAAUGGCCUUUUAUCAAUAAAAAUGCUGUGCGUUAUGACGUCAUGCCUAAAAAAACACUUUGUCACAUAAGUUUUGUUUUAGCGCAAAAGAAAUCUGCUCUGAAGCCGUUUCCAUACAGAAAUGUGUGUUUAUCGCUAAUUCGCCUCCCAGAUGUCCCUAAUUUUUUUCCUCCGCAGUUUUGGUAAAUUGGGGAGAGUAUUGAGACAAUUCAUUGAAAUUAGCCAGCUUACUGUCAUUUUAAUUUCACAAAUAAAUGCAAUCAGAUGAUGAAGAAUUGCAAUUAAAAGGGAACAGUUGCCCUUCUGAUAGGACUGUAUUGGUCCUGAUGUUGCGCCUAUCGCAUGUUGCCACCGGUUCCGACCCGAAAGCGAAUCGUCAUGGCCCUGUUCAAGCUGGCAACCUGCACCAAGUAAUGGGGGAAACUUUCAGUCUUCGUAUAAGGACUAUCCAUCCAUGUGUACAUGCUAUGUGCACAGCUAUUAAAGAAAAACUGAUGCAGUGUAAUUUCAGGGUUUAAAUAGAUGAUACAUUCCUGAUAUU